UUUUUUUUCCAGUAAAUUAUAGUCUUUUUAUCCAUAAUAUCAAUUCCCUUUCUUUUGUUUUUUGACAUAAUUAAUCAAAAAAAUAGAACAAAAUAAAAUAAAUAAUCACAAGCAUUACAAUAGAACAGCUUUCUUUUUAAACGAUGUCACAAGAACCUAAUUCGUUGGCUGAUUGCCAAUACAAUAGUCAUUCAAAUGUGACAGAGUCAAGCAAUAACUCUUUUGAAAAUGAAUUUACUAUAUUGAGAAAUGCUAUUCAAAAAGGCAAUUUUGAAAGAGCCAUUCAAAGCUUUGUGUUGCUUCAUUCAAACAGUAUUCAAAAUCCUACUUUUCAAGCUUAUUUAAUUCAACUUGCAGAAAAUAUUGAUCCAGCAAAAGAUAAUGAAGCUAGCAGUACGCGUUUAUUUUUUGCUUCAUUACCAUGCUUAUUACAAUCAAACAUUAUUGAUUUUGCAACAGAACGUUUAGAAGGAAAAGAAUCUAUGCGCGCUUUUAUGAUUUUAUUUGAUUAUAUUCAAGCAUAUCCUCGCCAUGCAUACAAAUACUUAAUUGGAGCUAUUAAUUUACUUAUUUUAUGUGCACAAGCGUUAAAAGGAGAUGAAAGACAAAAAUGUAUCAGUUUAUUAGUUACUGAAUUAUUUCCUCGUCUUUGCAAACAACGAUUGUUUCUUGUGAGAAAGGAUAAAGUUCCUUCUAUCAAGUCAACAGAAAGCAAACAUUUUAUUACCUUACCUUAUGACCUUUUUGAACAAUUUUUACUGCUUGGUCAAAGAUUUUAUAUUAAAAAGCACCAAUGGAAUGACGCAACAAAAUUCACUUGCUCAAUGUUAUCUGCUUGCGGAUAUUCAGGAUUAGAGCAAUUGGAUUCUGUCACACAUAUAACUCAGUUUGAAUAUUUAAGGGAGCAUCGAGAUAGUGUUCGAAUUGACGAUGAUAUAAAUGAAAAUGGAGACACACAUAUGCUACCAACUACAGAAGACCUGACUAUUAUUUCUACCUUAAUGUGUGAAUACAUGGCUGCAACUUCGCAAUUCGUUCGAUUUGGAUAUGAUUAUUAUCAAUAUGUGUGUGGUACUGAUAGUGCAUCUAAUAAUACUUUAGAAAAAUUUUGUUUAAUUCCUGUAUGUUCAUUUCAACCCACAAAUGGUUAUCCACAUCAACGAUUUGGACAAAAACGUGGACAAGACAAAAAUAAUAAUGAGGAGCGAACUACACUUGAUUUCUCAGAUGAUGUCAUUUCAACAGCAGGAAGUAAUAGUAAACGUCCAAGGCUUGAUAACAUAAAUAAUGACACUAAUAGCGAUAAUGAUGACGAUGAUGAAGUUGAUCGCUCCAAGGGCUUAGAUUCUUACUGCGUAAAAGGAGUGGAUGAUGCUUUACAAAUAUUAAGUAAAGCAGGAGAUUGUCUAAGGCAUAUUGUUGAAUUAUGGCAAUGGGCAUCCAAUAAAAUAUCUCAUAAACCCUUAAUUGAGCAAUUAGGUGGUUGGGAACAAGAAUUAUGUCGUGUUAUUGAUGGUUAUAAGUUACCUUUUGAUAUGCAUAAUGCAGUUUUACUUGUUAGAAGUGAUUUAGCUUUAUCAUCGCCCUCUGUUCCUGGAAAUCUUGCAAAAGCAUUAGAAUUGUCUCAAACUAUUUGUGAUCGUAUUGAAGUACAACGUAGACAAGAAAAAACUGAUUAUAGUCGAUCAUCUAUUGACAUGGAUAUACCAUUUAUGUUUGCUUUUCGUGUUUUAUAUAGUAUUGGUAUUAUUUAUUUACUCGUCGGGAGCCUUCAGCAAUCGACACUUGAAAUUGCAAUUAUUCUUUCUGUGUUUCCUAUACCAAAUGGGUUAGAUGAAUAUGAUUUUGUUACAGAUGAAACAGAUUGUCGCACGGUUGCCAAUAUAUUUCAUGGCAGAGAAUUUGGGCUGAUGAGAGUUACACAAGAGGGUUUAGUUGUACGGUGUAUUAAACAUUUAAUAGUGAGUCUUGAUAAUGAAUCUGAGCAACGUGUUGGUAUGGCUUCAAUUGAUUCGGCUCUUCGCUGGGAUGAAAAGGCGGGCAAUAUGAUCGUUUUGAUGCAAUAUGGUUGGCCUUAUUGGAGUAAUAGAACAAAUUUAUGGCACAAGAUUAUAAAGCGAAUUGGUGAUAAACGGGUAUUUAAAAAUCGAGAAUUUCUUGAAUAUCUUUAUGUUUCUGAUGUUUUACAAGCUAUUCGUCAUUUGCAUCUGGUGGGUUCGGUAACAAUGGAUAUUAUUCCACCUGAAUUUGCUUUACGUGGAAGCUAUAGACAUUUAAUCACUGCAGCUUCUGAAAAUAAUAAUAACAGUAACUCAACACCAUCAUCACCACGUCAAUCUCCCAAAAAUGAAGAUAAUGAAGGACUAGAUGAAGAUGAUUUGGAUAAGACUAAUAUAAAUAGAAAUCCUAAUAGUGUUCAAGUGUAUCAUCCCUCCUUUGCAAAUAGUAUUCUACCAAGUACAUCUAUGUCACCUUCUUGGUAUUCGGCGUCAACACAAAAGAAUUCAUUUGCUAAAUGGAUGUCACCUUCUUUCUAUUAUAGUCGGCCUGCUACCUCAGUCGUUUUACCUGGUGCAAAUCAUAACCAGAGUGAUGAUAAUCAAAAUAAUCCCAAUAACAUCAUAAAUCCUUCGGCAAGCCCUAAAGGCUCAUUUAUACCAAGAGAUAUCGUCACACGGUGUUUAGAAUAUAGAAUAAGGAGAUAUUCACCAAAGAUUACACCACAAAGAAUGAGACAUGUCCUUCAACGAUUCCUUAAAAACAUGGUUUUAAAGGCGAAUGAAGAGGUUUAAGAAAUUAUUUACCCUGCUUUGUUAUCAUUUUGUACAUAACAUAACAACACAAAGAAAAUAAAAAAAAAAAAAAA